UCCAUAUGAUCUAAUUAUUCACUUUUAUUACGUUUUCCUCUCAAAUUUCUCGGCAAGAAUUUAGGGUUUCAAUAUGUCCUGUCACUGAAUUCGAACAUUGGGUGUGUGUGGUACAGACGAGACGCGCACUUUGGGAAUUGAAGUCAUGGCUUCGAUGUUCCUUAAUGCGCCCUGCAAUGUUGGGGCAAUUAAGCAUUUUGAUUGCAAGAACUAUGUUGGACUGAGGGCAUCAUCGAAUCAGAAGUUAGAUUGUGUUGGGCACACAAUCAAGGCGCCUCCACGACGUCGUUUUAUUGUAAGAGCCAGCGAAAGGAGGGAUGAAUCCAUAAAAAAAAUGGGAUUGACUGAUCAAGAGUGUGAAGCUGCGGUUGUGGCCGGAAAUGUGCCGGAAGCUCCUCCCGCGCCUCCCAAGCCGGCGGCGCCAGCUGGAACUCCGUCGGUUCCUUUUCUUCCACUUAAUCGACGCCCUCGUCGUAAUCGAAGGUCGCCUGUAUUGAGAGCAUCAUUCCAGGAAACAAAUUUAUCUCCUGCAAAUUUUGUCUAUCCACUCUUUAUUCAUGAAGGUGAAGAGGACACCCCUAUUGGAGCCAUGCCUGGAUGUUAUAGGCUAGGAUGGAGACAUGGACUGCUGGAGGAGGUUGCAAAGGCCCGGGAUGUUGGUGUAAACAGUGUUGUGCUCUUUCCUAAAGUUCCAGAUGCCUUGAAGUCUCCCACAGGAGAUGAAGCAUUCAAUGACAAUGGUUUAGUGCCCCGGACAAUUCGAUUGCUCAAAGACAGAUACCCUGAUCUUGUUAUCUACACUGAUGUUGCUUUAGAUCCGUAUUCCUCUGAUGGGCAUGAUGGUAUUGUCAGAGAAGAUGGAGUCAUAAUGAAUGAUGAGACAGUGCAUCAAUUAUGUAAACAAGCUGUUGCUCAGGCUAAGGCAGGAGCAGAUGUUGUUAGUCCCAGUGACAUGAUGGAUGGUCGUGUAGGAGCAAUUCGAGCAGCUCUUGAUGCUGAAGGCUUUCAACAUGUGUCUAUCAUGUCCUAUACAGCAAAGUAUGCAAGUGCAUUUUAUGGUCCAUUCCGAGAAGCAUUGGACUCAAAUCCACGCUUUGGAGACAAAAAAACUUAUCAGAUGAACCCAGCGAAUUACAGAGAGGCUCUGACUGAGGUCCGUGAAGAUGAGUCUGAAGGAGCUGAUAUCCUUUUGGUGAAACCUGGUCUGCCUUACUUGGAUGUCAUAAGGCUGCUUCGGGAUAACUCGUCAUUGCCAAUUGCUGCAUAUCAGGUUUCUGGUGAAUACUCGAUGAUCAAGGCUGGUGCUGUUCUCAAAAUGAUUGAUGAAGAAAAAGUCAUGAUGGAGUCACUGAUGUGUCUUCGACGGGCUGGUGCAGACAUCAUCCUCACGUAUUUUGCACUACAAGCUGCUCGAUGUUUAUGCGGUGAGAAGAGGUGAGAGAUUGUUUGAAGUGUAGAAUCUGCUAAAAUAAAAUGUGUGGCUUUGAAGGUGCUACAAUGAGUAAGAAUACAUUUAGUAGGGAGCGAGAACAUAUUUUUUGCAGUUGUAUCAUCGACAAUAAGGUUAAAGUUGAAUUAUGUGGUAUGAUGGUUUUUAUCAAAAGAUGAUACCCUUGCUUCGCCAUA